AAAAAUCAAAACAAAUCAUUUGUUAAAAGUCUUGCAAAUAAUUUGACGACUUUUUGAUGACAAUUAAUGACUUCAAAUAUGGAUCAGUUUUGUGGACAAACAUUUUGGGACUCAAAUAAGACUUGGCAUACGAAUAGCCCGGAGCUCACAGAAUGCUUCAAUAAAACACUUUCCGUUUGGAUUCCGUUUAUAUUUUUACUAAUAUUCUGUCCAAUACUCAUCCGAGUGCUCAUCAAAAGUAGUCAAACAAUUACUUGGAAUUAUUAUAAUAUAAUUCGGCAAAUAGUGGCCACUGUUUCGGUAAUUAUAGCAAUUGCCGAAUGUGUGGCUGUUGUGGUCAAACACUAUGACGACAAUCCCGACAACGAMACGAUUGCUUUCGCACCCGAUGUUAUCGCAACAGUUGUCCGUUUUAUAUUAACAGUAGUUUUGUUUGUUUUACUUUGGGCUCAAGUAAAAGGCGGUAUCCAUACAAGUGGUGUCAUUUGGUUUUACUUAUUUUUGUCGGUCUUAUGUAACGCACCGACACUUUACGGCCACUUUCAAUGGCAUCAAACGCCACUCUAUGAAAAGAUAUUGUUUUGUACUCAAUAUUCACUAACAGUUAUUUUAUUUUUCAUCUACUGUUUUGCCGAUAAAUUGCCACAAAAUUAUAUUAAAAUCAGUGGUGAAACUAAUGAAAUUAAUAAUCAUAUCAUCAAUGAAGACACGGCUGAGGAGUGUCCCAAAGAUAGCGCUUCAUUUCUUUCGCGACUAAUCUUCUCGUGGUUUACAUCAUUGGCAAUACAGGGCUGGAAAAGUCCGCUCACAGUCGAGAACUUAUGGCAGAUAAGACACGGAGACAAAAGUAUUAAUAUUUUUUCAAUAUUUAACAAAAAUUGGCUUUUAUUUGAAUCAAAAUUUAAACGACAAUCAAGUGAUGUUAAUACUGAUAAUCAAUUGCCAUCGAAACAGUUUAAAGUGAUUGAAGAAACUAAUGGUAUUAAAAGAACUGAAUCACAAAACAAUUAUGAAAUGUUAAACAAAUCAAUGAAUAGUGACGAAACCAAAUACCAACCCAUCGCUGAUGAAAAACAGAAACUCAGUGUCGGUAUUCUGCAGACAAUUAUUAAAACCUUUUGGUUUUACUUUAUUGCCGGAUCUUUCUUUAAGCUUAUCAAUGAUAUGUUGACUUUUGUUAGUCCACAGCUUAUGAGUAUAUUAAUGUCAUAUAUAAGUAAUAAAAAUGAAGAAGUAUGGCACGGAUACCUGUACGCCGUUUUACUUUUCUUGACCACAAUGUUUCAGGUCUUAUCAUUGAACUAUUAUUUCAACCGAAUGAUGGUUAUUGGUAUGAGAAUUAGGACCUGUUUGGUGGCAGCUAUUUAUAGAAAGUCAUUGCGAUUAUCAAAUACCGCUAAGACUGAAUCAACUACUGGAGAGAUAGUAAAUCUGAUGGCAGUUGACGCGCAAAGAUUCAUAGAAAUUGCACAAUUCAUUAAUUUGAUUUGGUCCGCACCUCUUCAGAUUGUUUUAGCUGUUUAUUUCUUAUGGCAAGAAUUAGGUAUUUCAGUAUUAGGAGGAUUGGCUGUCAUGGCAUUUAUGGUACCUAUUAAUGGAUAUUUAACUAAAGUUACUAAAAAGUUACAAAUUAAACAAAUGAAGUUAAAAGAUGAAAGAGUCAAAGCUAUGAAUGAGAUAUUAAGUGGUAUUAAAGUACUUAAACUUUAUGGUUGGGAACAGGCGUUUAUGGACGACAUACUGAAGAUUAGAAACAAAGAAUUAAAAAAUAUGCGAACAAUUAAUUAUAUCGGAUGUGUUUUGGCCUGUCUUUGGAUGUGCGCCCCUUUCUUCGUGUCUUUUAUAACGUUUGCUAUUUAUGUAUUGAUGAGUCCCGACAAUGAACUGACCGCUCAAAAAGCAUUUGUAUCGCUCGCACUCUUUAAUAUAUUGAGAUUUCCGUUAUCAAUGUUACCAUAUUUGAUUACAAGUAUAAUAAUGACUAGUGUAUCAGUAAAGCGUUUGAAUAAGUUUUUAAACGCACCCGAACUCAGUGGUUACGUUCAGCGGGAGUUUAAUAACAAUAAUGCAGUUGAAGUCAAUAACGGAUCAUUUAGUUGGAAGAAAGCAAUCAAUGAAUCCGAUGACUGCCAGACAAUACUUCACGGACUUAACAUUGAAAUCAAGAAGAAUUCAUUUGUGGCAAUAGUUGGUUCUGUCGGCUCCGGUAAGAGUUCAUUAUUAAGUGCACUGUUGGGUGAUAUGGAAAUACAAGACGGAUCAGUAAACAUCUGUUCCUCACAGAAAAUAGCAUACGUUCCACAACAGGCUUGGAUUCAAAACUCUAGUCUUAAAAAUAACAUAAUUUUUAGCAAUAGAUACGAUGAAAAGAGAUAUAAACAAGUGAUUGAUGUCUGUGCUCUCAAGACUGAUCUGGAUAUCCUUCCGGGAGGGGAUGAGACUGAGAUCGGAGAGAAAGGCAUUAACUUAAGCGGAGGACAAAAACAACGUGUAAGUCUAGCUCGCGCGUGCUUUACCGACUCAAAUCUGUAUCUAUUAGACGACCCAUUGUCUGCUGUCGAUUCACACGUCGGUAGAUAUAUAUUUGAAGAAGUAUUGGAUUCAAAAACUGGAUUUUUGAAAGACAAGACAAGAAUUUUAGUGACAAAUAGUUUGACAUUUCUUCCGUCGACAGAUAAGAUAAUAGUAUUAAAAGACGGAGCCGUCAGUGAAACUGGAACUUUCGAUGAACUCAUAAAAAAUAAUGGAUUCUUUGCUGAUCUUAUUAAACAAUAUUCAGCCAAUAGUUUAAACAAAGAGGAAGAAGUUGAAAAUCAAACAAAGAAAACAAAGUCGGGAACAAUUAAAGAGACUAACAAUGAAAAGGCAAAGUUAGUUGAAGUGGAAAGGGCUGAAACUGGAAGAGUCAAGUAUUCGGUGUACUUUCGAUACUUUAAGGCCAUCACAUGGUUUUGGUGUAUCAAUGUUGUGGUCAACUUUGCUCUUCAACAGGCGGCCACUGCGGCUCAAAGUAUUUGGCUUUCAAAAUGGUCGGCGACUACUGAAUCUGAAAAACAUGAGACUUCAUUUUAUCUAAUGUUUUAUGGAUUGUUGGGUUUAUUACAAAUUAUUUUUGUAACAAUUGGUUGGUUUGCAUUAACUAAAGGCACUAUAAUAGCGGCCAAAUUUUUGCACUCAAAAAUGUUGGAACAGAUAAUGCAUUCACCGAUGAGUUUCUUUGAUACCACACCUUUGGGUCGGAUAUUAAACCGAUUUAGCAAAGAUGUCGACAUUUGUGAUCAAACACUUUCUGGGACUAUCAGGUUUUGUCUCACCUGUGCUUUUUCAUCAAUUGCCACAAUCGUUAUAAUAUCUAUGAAGAUACCUAUAUUUUUGGUUAUAAUACUGCCAAUUGCUAUUAUCUUCUAUUUUAUCCAGAAAUUUUAUAUAACAACAUCUCGUCAAUUAAAACGUUUGGAAUCUAUUACCAAAUCUCCAAUUUAUUCCCAUUUCAGUGAAACAUUGACCGGUGUUACCACUAUAAGAGCCUACGGUGUGAACGAACAAUUUAUUAAAGAAUCAGAUAAUGGACUCGAUUUAAACAAUAGAUGUUAUUUUCCUAACGUUGUGGCCAAUCGAUGGCUAUCUAUACGUCUAGAAAUGGUCGCAAAUUUUAUUAUAUUCUUCUCAGCGCUAUUUGCAGUCAUUUAUAGGGAAGAGUUGGAUGCGAGUGAAGUCGGACUUAUUAUAACAUAUGCUUUGAGUACGACUCAGAAUUUGAAUUGGUUGGUCCGCUGCUUCUCCGACUUGGAAACUAACAUUGUUGGUGUGGAGCGCAUCUUAGAGUAUACUGACUUAAAGACUGAGGCCGAGUGGUAUAUAGAAGACACAGCGCCUCAAAGUGGUUGGCCUAUUGAUGGCAAUAUUGAUUUCGAUAACUAUUCCACCAAAUAUAGGGAAGGACUUGAUUUAGUUAUCAAACAAAUCAGUAUUAAAAUCAAUUCUGGAGAAAGGAUAGGAAUAGUUGGUCGAACAGGUGCUGGAAAGUCAUCUUUAACUUUAGCUCUCUUUCGACUAAUUGAAGCCACAGAAGGCAACAUAACAAUUGAUGGCAUCAAYAUCAGUGACAUUGGUUUACAUCAAUUGCGAUCACGACUGACAAUUAUACCACAAGAUCCAGUACUCUUCAGUGGAACUAUUCGUCAAAAUUUAGAUCCUUUUAAUACAUAUACCGAUGAAGACAUUUGGAAAGCAUUAGAGUUAUCRCAUCUCAAAACAUUUGUUUCAACACUUGAAUCCACUUUAGAGUACAAAGUAUCUGAAGGCGGAGAAAACUUGAGUGUCGGUCAAAGACAACUCAUAUGUUUGGCACGAGCUUUGCUAAGACAUACCAAAGUACUCAUCUUAGAUGAAGCCACCGCUGCUGUCGAUCUCGAAACUGAUUCAUUGAUUCAACAAACUAUAAGAAAAGCUUUCGCCGACUGUACUGUACUGACAAUAGCUCAUCGAUUGCAUACAAUAUUAGACUCGACUCGAGUUCUUGUAUUGAAUGAGGGACGAAUCGCUGAAUUUGAUUCACCCGACAACCUGUUGGCCGACGAAAACUCAGUAUUUUAUUCACUGGCAAAGGACGCCGGAAUCAAAUGAUAUUGAUUUACAUAAAACAUUAACUACUUAUUAUAAAUGUAUUUUAAAAACUAAUCUUAAAUUUUAGUAUUAAAAUUGUGAU